AUGGACAUCAAGAGGCGGGUUACGCUGGAGCUGCGGAACAGGAAGCCAGGGGAGGUCAAGGAUCUAGUCUUGGAUAACUUCUCACAUGAUGGGAAGAUUGGGGGACUGUCUUUAGAAUUUGAAAACCUUGAGUAUCUCAGCAUGGUAGCCAUCAACCUUGUGUCUUUGGCCAACCUACCCAAGUUUCCCCAACUGCGAAAGGUGGAGCUCAGUGAUAACCCCCUCUCUGGAGGCCUGGAGGUCCUAGCAGAACGAACACCCAGCCUGAUCCAGUUAAACCUCAGUGGGAACAAAAUCAAGGACAUCAACACACUGCAGCCCCUGAAGAAGCUGCCAAACCUCAAGAGCUUGGACCCUUUCAAAUGUGAUGUGACCAUACUGAUGAGCUACCGGCGGAGUGUGUUUGCCCUCCUGCCCCAGCUCACCUACCUCGAUGGCUAUGAUGCUGAAGACAAGGAAGCUCCAGACUCCGACCCUGAGGCUGACAGGAAGUGUGAGGACAAGGAAGAGCUUGACGAGGAUGUGAUUGAUGAAGAAGAUGAAGAUGAAGAUGUUGAUGGAGAAGAUGAGGAGGAAGAUGAGGCGGAGGAGGAGGAAGAUGAUGGGGUAGAGGAUGAGAAGGAUGAAGAUGAUGAUGGAAAGGAGGAUGAAGAGGAAGAAGUACCCCAGCAUGGAGAAAAAAGGAAAUGA